AUUCUUAAAGAAAGUGCCAUUGGAAAACCUUGUGAAAUUUAUGGGACAAAUGAACAAAUAAUUAAAGAUGCAUUGGAAAAAGAUGGCGAUCUUUUAAAUAAAUUGGAAAUUUCACUUAUGAGAAUAACUGAAAAAUUAGAUGGCUAUUUUGACAAAGAUGAACAAAUAAUAUUAGCAGCAGCAAUAGUGAUAAAACAAGAUUGUUGCCCAGAAAAUAGGCAUUUUUCAAGAUAA